UUAUGUACGCGUUUCGUCGUCCACUUUUUUCUUGUAAUUUUCUCCAAUAAAUUUAUCCAGAACAAUGAAACGUAAAAUGAUUCUUGAGGAUUAUGGUUUCACAUCAAACAAACGUCCGAAGAUUGAAUGCAAAAUAUCCGAUUUGCCGAAUGAAAUGUUGCGAGAGAUUUUUAAGAAUUUGCCGACAAAAGAUCGUUUAAUUGCCAGACGUGUUUGCAAUUUUUGGAUGGAACUGCUAAACAAAUAUUUCCAAGACGACAAUACUCUUAAAAUAACUGGCUUUAUGGAUUUAUCUGAAACGGGAUUUCCGUACAAAAUAUUCAAGGCGAGAUUAUUUUCCACUAAAGCAAAGCGAGCUUUUUCGCGAUUGCUGAUCUCAUGGUGGCCAGAACAAAAAUACUUAGAUUUGAUCAACUUCGUCAAGUUAAUUGGAGACGAAAUUAGUUUUCUCAAAAUUUCCGGUUUUGCUUUUACGCAAAAAAUCAAGGAACUUUACGACAAUCUGCCUAAUCUGGAAUCAUUGGAGAUUUACGAUGAAGAAUCACUUGGUGAUUUAACGUUUUCGCCCAAACUGAAGUCUAUUAAGAUAGAUUAUAAGUUCACGCAACUCGAAAAAUUACCGGACAUUCAGAAGUUGGCAUCUCUCGAGCAUUUCAGCACAAAAUCUCUUGUCAUCAAACAAAAUUCGGAUGCUCUUGCGUCAUUUCUUGAGCCAAAAUUUAAGAAAAUGUUGGAUAUUAUUAUAGGCGACGCCGUUCUUGAAUCAGAUACGAUUACACUGGAUACAGAUUUCAACUUUUGCGGAGAAGCUAAAUUUACUGCAGACGAUGUGACGACAGCUCAAAUUGGCAAAAACAUACUUAAUAUUGCGCCUUUAGCUAAAUUCAACAACUUAAAGAAAUUGGAACUUUCUACAGAUUAUCAGCAUGCGGUAACGCAUUUCACAACUUUUCAUAGGCGCGUUCAGUUUUCAAGUGUUGUUGAUUUGGAAUUUAGUGGAUCUGGCGAUAUACUAACGAAUUCUAGUGAGCUUCUCAAAAAAUUCCCCAAUAUAGAGACGUUGAGUAUCGAUUCAUGGAUUAUUACAGAUAGCGAUUUUCUCACAAUUUGUCAGAAUAUGCCGAAAUUGAAAAAGUUGUUUUUUGAUGCGUCUACAAUAACUAUCGAAACGCUGUUUAAUCUGAACAAUAUUUCAGUCAAAGACCUUAAGUUGCUUGAAUCACUGUCGGUUCAAACAAAAGCGGAAAAUAUGUCUUCAUCUCAAUUAACAUGGCCCACUCUCCCUCAUUUGAAGAAAGUGAGUUUGUCAGGAGACGGAUUUCGUUACCUUGAAAAAAACUUUUUCACUCAAAUGGUUAAAAAAUCACCUAAAAUAGAAAUUUUUGAAAUUUUCUAUGCAACCGAUUCAGUAGAAAAUGAUCAUUCAAAAUUUUUACCCAUAUUUUCCCAUUUGAAACUAACAAAGCUCAAAGUUCCAGGCGAGGGAGGAAACGUCGGACUGGCUCACAACACUAAUUUAAUUGAUCUUGUAAUCAAGCAUUGCAAAAAUCUGACGGAUAUCGAAAUCCAUGAUAUUAACGGAUUUUCUCUUGCACAAGAGCUCCGCUUAUUCAGAAGUUUACCAAAACUUGAAGUAAUUACAUCUGAAUCGAUGGCAACCAAUUCGACAUGCAGAGUAAUGUCACGCCUUGACAGUAAGAAACUCAAGAGAUAUUUGACUGAAUGUAUUUAUGAUUACAAGGAUUUGGCUGGCACUAUUUCGUAUUUGUACAAUCAUGAAAUUCCCCAUUCGGAGCGAAUUCAAAUGGAGAAGAAUUUCGAUUCAACGUAUUUUGACAGACACAUGAAAACUUUGUACAUUGUCUUACAUGAUUAUUUGAAGUUGAACUACUUUAAUGUCUGUCGUAUUUUGAAAUCAUACGUUGCUGUUGAUUAAUUAUUCUUUGUCACUAAAAACUUAAUUGAUUUAAUCUCUGAAAAUUGAAGAAACAUGAAUAGAAAAUUUUGAAAAAAAAUU